UUUUUUUUUAAAAAAAAAAAAACUCUAAUUGGUCUCUAAUGGCGGAGGGUUCCUCCGUGGAGGUCAACAAUGGCGAUGGAGGAGGAGGAGGAGGAGGAGCGGGGCAUCCGUACGACUUCCACGUGGCGGGCCCCCGCAGCAUCGCCGCCCCCACCUGGAGAGAUCUCCUCCGCUCGAGCUGGAAGAAUCCCAGUUACAGAAGAAUGGUCAUUGCCUGCUUCAUUCAAGCAGUCUACCUGCUGGAACUGGACCGGCAAGCCGAAAGGCGCGGAGAUCGUGGCCUCGCGCCGCAAUGGUGGAAGCCAUUCAAGUACAAGCUCUCCCGGACCCUGAUCGAUGCGCGCGACAAUUCCGUCUACGGAGCAGUCCUAGAGCGGGACCGGUCGGCCGCGCUCUCCGAUUUCAUCCCGGUAAGGCCGAGCGGCGCGCCGAGGGCCGUCUUAGCCCUCAGGGGAACACUCAUAAAGAGCGCGACUGUAAGGCGGGACGUCGAGGACGACCUCCGGUUCUUGGCCUGGGAAAGCUUGAGCGGCUCGGUCCGCUUUUCCGGCGCUCUCGAAGCCCUGAAAACCGCGGUUGACAGACAUGGCAGCAGCGGGGUCUGUGUCGGCGGGCAUUCGCUGGGGGCCGGUUUCGCUCUCCAGGUCGGAAAAGCGCUUGCGAAACGAGGCGUGUUCGUGGAGUGUCACUUGUUCAAUCCGCCGUCGGUUUCGCCCGCGGUGAGUCUGAGGAGCGUCGGCGAGAAACUCUGCAAUCUUUGGAAGAGGGUUAAAGGCGGAGAGGAGGGGAAGGUGUUUGAGAGCGAGGUGACGAGGCUGCGCGCCGCGGAAGUGCAGAAAUGGAUGCCGCAUUUGUACGUGAACGACUGCGACUACGUCUGCUGCUACUACAAUGAUCAGGCAGCAGGAAGUGCAGUAUCUAGUGAUCAUGUCGGUUCGUCGGUCGCGAAGCUUUACGUGAUGUCGAGGGGGCCGACGAAGUUCCUGGAGGCGCACGGCCUGCAGCAGUGGUGGUCCGACGAUGCGGAGCUCGAAUUGGCUCUCCGCCACGGCAGGCUCAUAAACAGGCAGUUCAGGUCUUUGUACUCCGCGUGAUCGGCAUCGCGCACCGGAAAUUCGGAACUUGUUAUAAGAAGGAAAAAACAGUGAACUCUUUGAUUACUCAUUGAUAGUGAUUUGGUGGAUGAA